CUGCCGAGCUAUAGCCUGCGCAGCCGAGUGAGGAGAGGACUAAUUGAGUAAGUGGCUGAGAGAGCGAGGGCAUUCGGUGACUGGCGAUGGGGAAGGACUAUUACCGGAUCUUGGGCCUGACCCGCGGGGCGAGUGAGGACGACAUUAAGAAGGCGUAUCGCAAGCAGGCGCUGCGCUAUCACCCGGACAAGAACAAGGACCCGGGAGCCGAGGAGCGGUUCAAAGAGAUCGCCGAGGCGUACGACGUGCUGAGCGACCCGAAGAAGCGCGAGAUCUUCGACAAGUUCGGCGAGGAGGGACUAAAGGGAGGUGGUCCCAGCAGCAGUGGUGGAGAGGUCCCAAAUGGCACUUCAUUCACUUACACCUUUCAUGGAGAUCCUCAUGCCAUGUUUGCAGAAUUCUUUGGUGGGAGGAAUCCUUUUGAUACCUUUUUUGUCCAGAGGAAUGGCGAUGAAGACAUGGAUGUUGAUGACCCUUCACAAAGCUUUCAGAACUUUGGUAACAUUGGGUUUUCCCGUGCUCGUGGGGGCCCUGAACAUAUACGCAAGAACAAGAACCCACCCAUCACUCAUGAUGAGAGUAUCCUGGAGGAGAUUUACUCUGGAUGCACCAAGAAAAUGAAAUUUCUCAUAAACGUCCUCAGUCCAGAUGGGAAAAGCACACGCAAUGAAGAUAAGAUUCUAACGAUUGAAGUCAAACGUGGCUGGAAAGAAGGAACAAAGAUUACAUUCCCCAAAGAAGGAGACCAGACACCAAACAACAUUCCAGCUGAUAUUGUAUGUGUUUUAAAAGACAAGCCACAUAAUUUUAGAAGAGAUGGGUCUGAUAUUGUAUAUCCAGCCAAAAUCAGCCUCCGUGAGGCUCUAUGUGGCUGCACUGUGAACACACCAACACUAGAUGGUAGGAACAUACCAAUGGUAUUCAAGGACAUCAUUAAACCUGGAAUGAAGCGAAGAAUUCCUGGAGAAGGUCUUCCAUUCCCCAAGAAUCCAAGCCAACGAGGGGAUCUUAUUAUUGAGUUGAUAAGAUUCCCAGACAGAAUUCCACAGUCUUCAAAAAGUGUCCUAGAACAAAUCUUGCCAAUAUAAUAAGACAGGCAGAACUGGACUGCUGUGCCUCCAAAGCAGAGGAACUGGAACUGGAAUCAGGAUUUCAGAGUCGUUUUUGGCAGUGGGUAGGAAGUUAACUUCAUGUUGCUAAAAGAUUUCUGGGAAAUCCAUUCUUGCAAGAUGAAAAUUGCACUUCUCAGUGACUUUUGGCCCAGGUUGUCAUUGCUCAAAACAUUUAUAGCAAUGCUCAGUUACCCAAGAGAAGGAAUUGGCAGAAUAUCUUUUAAUUGAACGUGGACGACGACAAACAAUCAUAAUUCAUGCCUUCACUUAGUUGGCUAACCCUACUUGGAGCAUGUCACAUAGGUCCUCCCAUUGGAAGGAGAUUACAAUCUAAACUGGACUUCAGAAGUAAACACCUCCAAUCUCUUGUUUUGCUGUACUGUGUCUUAUUGCAUUCUGCACUAUCUCAUUCCCAGGAGUUACCUUUAAUGUUCAGUUUUCUAACUUGCUUGUUGCAUCAUAAGGGUGCCCUCACUAAGCCAUUCUAAAAUGGUGCCAUGUGUUGAAGCCCCUGGAAGGGAAGGCAUCCUGAAACAUGGUCAUAAAUUGCCCUUUUCCAGAAGGUAAAUUGGUGGAGUAUGGCUUCCCCUGUUAAGCAAGCAGGAUGCUGCCUUAUAACUUCUGGAAAGCGUGUAAGAAGUUUACAGGUUUUUCAGUGAAAUCUUUGACUUCUUGCCAUACAUUGUUUAUAUGUCAGACUUGAUCCUGGUUGAUUGAUUGGACUGGCAGAAAAGAUGUAAAAUGUUCAGUUGAAGACAUUCUUUAAUAAACAAGUAUUUCAAUAGGUGAAUAACUAUUGAAACUGAAAAGA